AUGUACGAGGAUCCGAUGAGAACGCCGCUUCUGAAAUUGGCCUGGAAUCGAAACGAUCACAAUUAUAUUGCCACGUUUGCGCAGGAUAGUAAAGAGGUGAUCAUUCUCGACUUGCGACUUCCGUGCACACCGGUGGCUCGCCUACGGAAUCACGAGGCGUCGGUCAACGGCAUCUCAUGGGCGCCGCACUCGGGUUCGCAUAUUUGCACGGCUGGCGAUGAUUCGCAGGCGCUGAUUUGGGAUGUGCACGAGAUGCCGAAGCCGAUCGACGAUCCGAUUCUCGCGUAUCAAGCCGACGGAGAGACCGACGGCCUCAUUCGACGUCAACUCGAGCAAAUCGAAGAGCAGAUUCGAAGCGGCGUCGUUUGCAACGAAUUCAAGCGUUGGGCGUCGAUCGGACUCGAUUCGACCGAGGCGUUCCUUCCAGCACUCGAGAACAUUCUCAAUUUCCUACAAAAAGUGAUUUGA